AUGAAAAAGUACCAGCUCAUGGGCCGCCGCAAGGUGGCCUCGUCCAAACCUGGCUCCCCGAAAUACCCUCCUUUGCACCUCCACUCGCUUCCGUACGAGAUUUUGCUGCUCAUUUUUGGCUACCUAGCCUCAGACAUCGCUACCUUACUUCGCCUAUCGAUGGUGUGCCAGAAGUUUCACAAUAUCGUGUGCAAGAACUACGUCUACCAUAGCGUCAUUUUCAAGCUGACAGCCCAUUUCCUUCGGUUUGCUGCCAUCCACUUAUCGCUGCGCACGUCGUUGGCAAGACGUUUUGGCUUGAAUGAACCAAGUUCAAUGAUAAACUACCUACGGAAGGUGCAUUUUGUCAAUCCGCCCACAAAUAACCUGGCGCUGUCGCUGACGAAAAUUGCUGGCACUUACAAUGUUGAAAACGUCAAUCGCAGCUCGUCAAUGUACGAUACGUGGGUGACUCACUUCAAGUGCCUUUUGAACGAAGCCUACGGCUUGAAGGAAGUGGUCAUUAGCGAGAUCUCGCCGCAGUUUGAGUUUCCCGUCGAGUUCAUGGCUCCUACGUCUCUGCCAAAGUUCCCAUUCAAGAGGCAAGCACCUGCAAGAACGCUAGAACGUUUAGUGUUGACAGCGCAGUCUGGAUGGACCAUCCCGUUCAAGGUGGGCCAGAUGCUGAUCUUUGCUCACGUAUUUGACCACAUUGACGAACUACGACUAGACAACUUUGUGCUCAACGAGGGGAAGCUACUAGGUGAUGCCUGGGAACUAAAGCUCUCAGUGGGGUCUCUUGUUGCCUGUGCAUGUAUUUAUACCGACACCAAACGACCAACAAAGCGCCGUUGCACCGGCUUGUUUUCAAGCACUUGUCUGCUUCUGCUAUUAGAACUAGAGAAUGGAGCAGACUUGUCGCUCAUUGACUCUAUAAAACUGAACGGGCGCCUAUCACGCCUUGUCAUAGAUAUUGGAUCCAAAGUAUUUUACACUUCGGGCAAGACAUUCAAUUUCGCCAAAUUCAACAGUUUCUUCAAGUUAGUUUGUUCUGGACAAGGCUCGUACAGUGGCUUGCGAGAGAUUGUCCUCGUCAACUUCGAUUUGUUCCACGAUUUUAGCCACCAGCAUGAAAAACGCACUCUAGAGGUGAUCCGCGAGGAUAGCGAGCUGGCCUCGCUUGAUAUUGGACCUCCUCCAGAGGAACCUUCGAACAAUACGUUCGAGUACCUUUUGCGGUACUUGCUGCAAGUUCCAAAUCUUACUAUCGUCAUUAAAGAACGACCAAAAGUCAUGCAUACCUGUGUGAAAUGUGGGUUCACCGUGGAAGAAUCGUGUAAGAAGAUUUCUUCCUUGUUGCCCCACGAAUGGCUGAUUAUAUUGGCCCCGGUUCUUCUCAACCCCAAAUGUUCUGUGAACAUUUACGAUCAUCUGUGGUCGAACUUGUUUACUCGCAAGGCACGACUAGACUAG